CCCUCCUCAUCCUACCGACACUCGUAGACGACGGCAACUCUCCACAUUGGCAUCUGCCACCUACCAGCUCCCGCGUGCUCGUCUUCGCCGUCGUCUGCCCAUAGUGUGGCCCCAUGCUCUGCACCCUCUCUCUCUUCUGGAUCUCAAAUCGGUAAGGGCGCAUCCCGCCCCUUGUCCAGUCGAAAAUACACUCCUCCGAGCGUCCUUCCCGCUGUAGGGUAGCAGGCACUCCCUCUUUCCACCAUUAGACCGCAAGACUCUUGGUAUGUCUGAACGGCUCAACCACCAACAAAGCUCUGACCAGGCCCAUCCACUUCAUCUAUCACCAACCUCUGCAAGGGCUACUCCUCCUCAGCCCUCUGCCUCGCAAGCCGAGCAGGGACAGGCACCAGUCGACGACGAGCAUCAGGCAGCGGCUACACUGCCACCUCGGUAUUCGCCCAGGGAGCAGCAGGAGCACUCUCCUCAGGCUACGACCUCAGCUUCAGCGCCCUUCUACCCGAUACCACCGGUCUCGUCGUCCCUUGGCCCGGCGACGCACUCUCAGGAUCCAUACCCUAGAUCAGAUUCGCCGCGGCGCAAAUUCCCCAUCUCGACCGGCAGCGCUGCUUCCCAGGUCAACGCUUUCAAGCGGGCUAGAACAUCUUCGCCUGGGUCUGAAGCUGGUGCUACCUACUCGGCUGCCAAUUCGGACUUUGGUGACGUCGAGAGCCCGAGUGUGCAAUCUUCCAAUCAUCACUCCGGUCAACACUUGCAUCGCCCUCACCAAGAGACCGCUUAUCUGCAAUCACAUCCGAUGAGUGACGCAGGAUCAUCUCUUGGGGGCAUCAUUGACGCCAAGGCUCUCCGGCUAGAUGAGCCCACCCCACCUCCUGAUUCCGCCAUGGCUUCCCCCUUGCUUCGCACAACAGCAGGAACAGCUCCCACACAGAAUGCGCCCUCUGCGACCGAACAAGCUGGCAGCAUCAGAGAGCUUAUGACCCUACCUCUCAAAUCAGGCGAUACCUGGUAUCUUGCCUCAACGACGUGGUUCAAGAAGUGGGCAGCAUUCUGUGACGCCGCAAAGGAGGUUCCUGGUAGCGAAGUCCAACACAACGUCGGAGCCAUCGACAACUCAGACCUGCUCGCCGUUGAUGCCGACAACUCUCUUGGUCAAGCAUCUCUUGCGCCGGAUCUUCGGGAGCAAGUCAAUUUCGAGCUGGUGCCUGCUGAAGCUUGGAAUCUCCUUGCAAGCUGGUACGGAGUCAGUGGACCAGUCUUCCCGAGGCAUUGCGUUCUAGGACCUGAUGGAAACACCGUCACACUCGAGCUUUACGUACCCAUGAUCAGCUUCACUCGGCUUGUGUCCCCGAUCACUGGGCAGAAUACGACAGAGAUACCUAUAGCAGUCAUCUCGCGAGCCACACCGCUGCUAGAGGUACGUCAGCGUGCAAUGGUGGAACUGCAGAUCAAGGUGGACAGCGAGGCAGACGUGCGGCUCUGGACACUGCCAGAUAACGUCUCUUCUGUGGUUGAGCUCAACGCCCGGGAGGCCCAGGCUGCAGAAGGCUAUGAGACCGUUGAAGAAGCAAUGCUGUCCGAGCAAUUGGCUGCUCUUCUCACUCGACCUCCCGGACAGGUUCAGCCGUUCGGUGUCGAAGUCAAAGGAUCAGACGGCGUUUGGCCUUCUGAUCGUGCAGAGGUGCAAUCGCCUGCCAAGGCCAGCGUGCGGAACAUCUUCGCGCAAACGGGAGGUGACUCUUUCUCCAAGCUCCAACAAGCGUCCCCGGGACCAGUUGCUAUCCCUGAGCCUCAGGGUGCGACUCAUGCGCCAAGAGCGAUGAGUACACGCUCCAAGACCGCCAGUGAGCGUUCAAGUGGCGUUAUCUUGGGUCUGAAAGGCUUGUCGAACAUGGGCAAUACAUGUUUCAUGAAUUCGGCCUUGCAGUGCUUAUCGAACACUCCCGAGCUAAGGGACUAUUUCGUCUCCAAAGUAUUCGAGGAUGAGAUCAAUGUGGACAACCCACUUGGUAACAAAGGAGCUCUUGCUGAGGCAUUUGGUCAUCUCAUUCAGCAGCUUUGGUCUGGCUUUGGAACAUCGUUUCAGCCCCGAGACUUCAAAUGGUCACUCGCUCGCUUCGCUCCUCAAUUCUCCGGCUAUGCUCAACAAGACACCCAGGAGUUGCUGGCUUUCCUCCUGGACGGACUCCACGAAGAUCUCAACCGAAUCAAGAAGAAGCCAUAUAUCGAGUCGCCCGACUGGCAGGGUGGGGGGCUCAAGGAGAUGGUCAAGUUCGCCAAGAAGCAGUGGGAGAUCUACAAAGCAAGGAACGACUCGGUCAUUGUCGACUUGUUCCAAGGACAAUAUCGCUCUACGCUGGUGUGCCCCGAAUGCUCAAAGGUUUCCAUCAAGUUUGAUCCCUUCAUGUACCUAACAUUACCGCUUCCAAGCAAGGCAAAAUGGAGGCACCAGGUCACCUUCGUUCCGUACGACCCACAGAGCCCUAUAAAGACGAUCAACAUGACUUUGUCCUAUGAAUCGAGCAUGUCAAAGCUAAAGCAGGUCAUCGGUGAAGUCACCGGUGCCAAUCCCAAAAGGCUCAUUGGCGGGGAACCUUACAACCGCAAGUUCUGGCGCUUCUACUACGACUACGAGCCGGUCCAUGUCAUCGAGAAAGCAGACCACGUCUUUUUCUGGGAACUCCCAGCAGACUUCUCCCUGAGCCCACCCAGGGUCAAAGGGCAGCAAAGGAGCUACUCCGAGCCAAGGCCCGUCGAGCCUCAGGCAUUCGAGAACCGAGCCUAUGCAUCUCUUGUGUCGGAGCACGAAAAGGAGGAGCAUGUAGUGCUGCCUGUUUUCACCCAGGUGCCCGAUGAAGCUGCUCCCCGAGGUCUGCCAUUCUUUGUCUCUAUUCCUAAAGACAAGGCCAAUGACUUAAAAGCAAUCCACCAAGCAGUCUUGGAACAGUACAGCCGAUACUCUCCAAACGCUGCAGAGCUUGCGGCCACGUUUGAGCCUCCCCGAGGACCUCUGAACGCCGGAGAUCCUACCUCUGCUGCCCCUCUUGGGCACGAUGCCACGGGCAACGGCAGCUGGGAGAUGAUCAACGCUCAGCAGAAGCCUCUUGAUGAAAUUUCGGGCGACACAUUUGCCGAGAUCACGCCAAACGGUGAUGUCAUCGAGACUUCAGCAAGUCGAUCUUCGUCCCAAGAAGCGGCUGCAGCUGUAGGACCGAGCAUCAUCGAAGAACUACCACAGGCUUUACUGCCGGCCUACGAGAUCCUGUAUAUGCUCGUUCCGCCCGGCUCGAGUAAGCCUUUGUUGACCGAUGGCACAGCUUGGGAAGAUGCGAGUGAAGGCCUUCUCCAACGAGCUGAAAGACUUGGUGUCCAAGGACCCAACGCAGAAGAAGAGAUUGCGCCUCCCUCACGCCCUUCGGUACCACUAGUCUACACAGGAGGAGCUCUCGUCUGUGUAUGGAACCGUGGCGCCGCCAAUGAGCUCUUGUCAGCAAGCUCACUUGAGAAUGAGUGGGGAGACUUGCGAGAAGAGGUGGACGACCCUCAGACUACUCAAGACAAGAUCGCAGCUACGCAGAAGAGGAAAGGCAAAGACACGCUCCACAUCGAUGACUGUCUCGAUGAGUUCACCAAGGAGGAAAAAUUGGGUGAGGAAGACCCAUGGUACUGCCCUCAAUGCAAGGACUUCCGACAAGCCACCAAGAAGUUCGACCUGUGGAAGGUCCCCGACAUUCUCGUCGUUCACUUGAAGAGGUUCAGCGCUGGAAGGGGACUGCGCGACAAGAUUGAGACGGUCGUUGACUUCCCCAUCGAGGGUCUGGACCUGACAGCUAGGGUAGAGGCUGCUAAAGCGGUGAAGCAAUUAGACGAAGAGAAGGCAGCCGGCAUGACAGAUGAUUCGUCUAGUGCAGAAAGCAGCGGCAGCGCUUCUCCUACCGCUGCUGAUGGAUUGGCCGCCCCUGAGGACCUGAGCGCCAGCAUCCUCUCGGCCAUUUCGGAAGCAAAUGACGAUGCUGUCACAUCUGACAAGCCCAUCUACGAUCUCUUUGCCGUUGACAAUCACUUCGGAGGACUCGGUGGCGGGCACUAUACCGCCAGUGCCAGGAACGACCUGGACGGCAAGUGGCACUACUUUGACGACUCUCACGUCCGAGAGAUUCGCGACCCAGAGGAGGUCAAGAGCUCUGCGGCAUAUCUGCUCUUCUACCGUCGAAGGACUACUAGAGCUAUCGGUGGCAAGACGAGGGAGAUUGUCAAGACUGCCAGGGCCAGGGAGGAAGCUGCUGCUGCCCAGCGACCUCCCGCUUUCGACGCACCCUACGAAGGCGACGAGACGAUGAAGGUUACCGUCGAAGACUACCCGUCUUCGUCCUAUGCCGGUCCCUCUUCCCUGGCAGGCAUCCAGGCGGCCUCGAGUAUCUACAGAAACACGGGCAGAAAUGCCUCUUCCCGCACCCUCGAUUCGGACGAUGCAGAGGACGCGCCACCUAUCGCCCUCUCGUGGGGUCGCGACUCGCACCAGAUGCCCGGAAGCUUCCACCCAUACGUCUCGCCUGGAAGCUCUCCCUCCCCAGACGACUCGAACUCUUUCGACCCAUAUGAAAAGGAUGAUACCCCGCCUGAGAGCUUCGGCGGUGCUCCUAGUGGCUAUCAUGAAUCUUCCAUCCGUUCAGGCUUACGCGCAAGGAGGACUCAGUGGAUCGACAGCGACGACGAUGUUGAGGAGCCCGAGGCGGUGUAUCGCGGUGUGGGAAGACAGCAAGACAGCAGUAGCAGUAGUGGAAGUACUGCUCUGCUAGGUCCGGCAGCUGCUCAUCAUCUGCCACACCAACAAGAACCACCACGAUAUACCCCUCGAGCUCGGGGUGGGGCUGGAAUUGGGGAUGGAGGCGAUGAUGACUAUGACGAGGUUGCGGGAGUGACUUCUUCAGCCCCUGAUAGCGGUGCAGCGGGCGACGAGAGUAUCGCUUCGGACGAGGCGGAGGGCGAUGUUUCCAGCGAUGAGGAAAGAGGAGCAGUCUCCAGCGAUGAUGGAGAGGUGGCUCCGCCCAGUGUUGGCCGAGGCGAGAUAGUAGGCGGAUUUGGCGAUGAGCAGGACGACGGGGAGGUUCAUGCCCUUGGGAAGAAGGAUUGGAGCUCGUAGAAUGCCGUCGAUGACGACGAGGACCACCAAGGAGAAAGAUCUUUCAGACCAGUAGCCGCACUUGAACGGUCAGCCAUAGAAGAUCUGAGGCUUUUAUUUCCUUUGCCGGGAGCUAAAAUUAGAAAGACCGUUGCCGCUCUGUACAUCUUUCGGCCCCUCUAAUAGGGAAAUUUUCAAGAGGUCUUUAUCCAGCAGCUCACAGCAGGGGGUG